CAAGCAUUUGCGCUCACAGGAAGUUCACGUUGGUUGCCUUUGGUCUUUGUUGGUCCGCCUGCGGUCGUUGUGACCAUGAUGCGGUGGAUGGCUAUCAUCAUGCUCACCAAGGCCUCGACUUCUGCAGGCGCGGAGCCUUGUGUUGGUUGCACCGCAGGUGCUGGUUUUGUCCAGCACAAGCGCUACCUCAGCCAGACCCGGCGAGAUGACUUCUGUGAAGGCAAGAAGGGCCUUCAUGAAGCACCGGCCGGGGCUGAAGGAAAUAUCGACUGCCGCGGUUAUUACAAUUGCUGGCACGGGGAUGAGCCCAUGCAGCUGUGCGGCACUGGUAUGCGCUUCAACCCUGCAACCACGAAUUGUGAUUGGAAGGACAACGUGCUUUGUGUAGAAACAACCGUUGCCCCAAGCACAACACUGGCUUCGAGCACCGCAACUCCCAGCACAACGCGAGACACAACGAUCGCUGCAACAACCAGUAGCUCGUCACCUACGGACCCUUCUGACUUUUGCCACGAGAAGGUGGGUUUGUAUGUGGCUCCAGCAGACAUGGUGGGCAAUCAGGAUUGCCGUGGAUAUUUCAAUUGUUUCCGCGGGAAUGAGGCAAUGCAGUUGUGCUCAGCCGGCCAACGCUUCAACCCAGACCUCAAGGUGUGCGAUUGGAAAGUGAACGUGGCCUGCGACGCACCAACAAGCACCAGAACGUCCACAACUGCCGGACCCAUCACAACUUCCACGACAACUAGAUCGACAACCGAUUCAACUACAGCGGCAACAAGUGUUUCGACCACGGUGGCAUCCACAACAGUCUCCAAGCGUGCCGGUGGCAAAAUCUUCGUGGCAUAUUUUGCCAACUGGUUCCAGUGGUGGCCUGCGCCCUACAAGUUCAUGCCAUCCAACAUCCCAGCAGACAAGAUCACCCAUCUGAACUACGCCUUCGCCAUGAUCCAUAGCAGCACGUUCCGCAUUCGCCACUUCGAAGACAACGAUUUGAGCAACUGGGCCACCGGCAAUAACAUGGACUUGCCAUGCAGCCAACAAACGGGGUGGUGCGACAAGGGUCUCUACGAGCAGGUCAACGAGUUAAAGGUUGCGCAUCCGCACCUGAAGACCUUGAUCUCCAUCGGGGGCUGGUCCUUCAGCUCCCCAGAGUCCGAGGACGCCGAGAGCGCCACUAGGAUGAGGCGCCUGGAUAGCGGCUGGACGGAAUACGUCUUCUCUGAUAUGGUGAGCACCGCGGACAACCGACAGAAGUUCCUGGCUUCGGCCAUCGACUUCUGCCGAACGUGGGGCUUUGACGGCCUCGACUUGGACUGGGAAUACCCAGGUUACAUCGGCCGCGGUGGCCGCAGCACCGACAAGCGGAACUUCGCUGUGCUGUUGGCAGAGCUUCGAAGAGCCUUCGAGGUCGAAGGCUCUGCCACAGGGAGACCCCCUUUGUUGCUCACAGCUGCGGUGGGAAUCGGCCCCACGACUGCUGACAAUGCCUACGACGUCCCCGCCUUGAAUGAAAACCUGGACUUCAUCAACUUGAUGACGUACGACAUGUAUGGAGGAUGGAGUCCUGAGAAGACCGCGAUCCAUAGCCAACUGUACGCCGGACCAGGUGAUUCUUUUGGCAACGGAGUUCCUUUGAGUGGUGAGUAUGCAGUGGAUGAUUGGAUCCGCCGCGGUGCCAGCGUUAACAAGCUCGCCCUGGGCCUUGUGACCUACAGUCGCAGCUUCCAGCUGCAGAGCGCAGCAGCGGGGCAGACGCCUGGCGCUGCAGCAGUGGGGUAUGGCGCCACACAGCCUUACAGCAAGCAGACAGGCCUUGCCAGCUACUAUGAGAUCCUGACCCUCAUCAGCCAAGGAGCCCAGAAGAGCUACGACGCAUCCCGCUGUGGCGCUUAUCUUCAGAAGGAUGACCUAUGGAUGGGUUUCGAUGACGAAAACAGCGUAAGAUGCAAGGCUGCCUUCAUCAAGAAGAAAGGCCUCAUCGGUGGCUUGCUCUGGGAUUUGCCUGAAGACGACUUUCCCAACGGCUCGCCCAUCACCACGGCGUUCAGCCAAGCACUUCUAUGAGGCUGCAGGACCUGCUCAGCGCAUUGACCCGCUCGGCUGGCAGCCGACAGGGCGCCCAAGAAUUGAGCUUGGAACUGACAUCUGGAGAGAUGCCCCUGCGUGUCUCUGGGUGUUUCUUUCUUUUUUUGAGUGUUGGCAGGCCUUUCAUUUGGCCCAAACACCCUUCUUGCGUUUAGAGUCGGUUGAUCGUCUUGAGACAUUUUGCACGCUGAUCAGUGACACAAAUGCUCUUUUUGGCUGUUGCGUGCGCUGACCAACAGUGUUUUGUCUGCACGGUUUGGUUUUGGCCGCACGCCCUUAAUUCCUCGGCACUUGGCGCGUGGCUUGCAUGGCGUCGAUAAGUGGGUGACAGAAAGCCUGGCAGACGCAGUGCAU